AUGAAUCGUUUCAAGACUUCGAAAUUCAAAAACACCACUCCAAAAAUUGCCAAGAAAGACGAAUGGAUCAACAAUGUUCGUGGUGGCUCCUAUUCUUGCCAGGGGAACCACAUCAAAGCAAGCUCCAAGCUGAUAGCUUUCAAUACUGAGCAGGCUGGUGGAGGUAUGGUGGGGCUGACCUCAGUCAAACCUGGUUCAAAUGGCCAGUGGACAGUCACCCAGAUCUCCUGUCAUUCUGAUGUGGUGACCGAUAUGGACUUUUCUCCUUUUGAUGAAAGUCUCUUGGCAACCUGCUCUGGAGAUGAAACGGUGAAGCUGUGGCGUUUGUGUGAUCCAGAGCAGGAGCAGCCCAGCAGUCCAGAGCUGACGUUGCGUCCCGGUCAAGGCAGGCUGGAACUGCUGCACUUCCACCCCACCUCCUCUGGAUUGCUGGCUGUUAGCACCACUAAGUGUCCUCAGAUUUGGGAGACCAGCCGGCGGGAUGCACCGUUAGCAGGUAGCUGCCGUGGAAAAAAAUGCCUUUUUACAGGCACGGUCACAUGA